UACUUUAUUAGUCUGUGAUUAGAGCAUCCAAGGUUUGGUUGUUCUGACUUCAAGCAAAGACAUAAAUCAGUUAUUUCUUCAUUUUUUAAUCCUAUAUUUAUAUUCUUUUUUCUAUUAAUUUUCAAUCUUGCUUGAAUUUACAACUUCAUAAUGGCUGAAGGUAAAGCUGACAUUGCCCUUAUCGGCUUAGCUGUUAUGGGUCAGAACCUAAUAUUAAACAUGGAUUCCAAAGGAUUUGUUGUGUGUGCUUACAAUAGGACUGUAGAAAAAGUUGAACAAUUUCUGGCAAAUGAAGCUGCUGGAACAAAAAUAAUUGGUGCUAAGUCCUUAGAAGAUAUGGUUGCAAAACUUAAAAGACCAAGAAAAGUGAUGCUGUUAGUUAAAGCUGGUUUUGCUGUUGAUGAAUUUGUAAAGAAAUUGGUGCCAUUACUUGAAAAAGGAGAUAUCAUUAUUGAUGGAGGAAAUUCACAAUAUACUGAUACUCAGCGAUGGUGCAAGGAAUUGGAAUCUACAGGAAUCUAUUAUAUUGGCAUGGGUGUAAGCGGUGGAGAAGAUGGUGCUCGUUAUGGACCUUCUUUGAUGCCUGGAGGUCACCCAGAGGCGUGGCCACAUGUUAAACCUAUCUUCCAAGCAAUCUGUGCCAAAGCUAACAAUGAGCCCUGCUGUGACUGGGUUGGGAAAAAUGGUGCCGGACAUUUUGUAAAAAUGGUUCAUAAUGGCAUUGAAUAUGGUGACAUGCAGCUUAUUUGCGAGGCAUACAAUGUCAUGAAAGAUAUUUUAGGUAUUGAUCAGAAGGAAAUGGCUGAAGUGUUUGAAGAAUGGAACAAAGGAGAGCUCGACUCGUUCUUGAUAGAAAUCACAAGUGACAUUCUGAAAUACAAAGAUGAUGAUGGUACAUACUUAUUGCCGAAGAUUCGUGACACUGCAGGACAAAAGGGAACAGGCAAAUGGACUGGCAUUAGCGCUUUAGAGUAUGGUGUUCCCGUCACACUAAUCGGGGAAGCUGUCUUUGCUAGAUGUCUGUCUGCAUUGAAAGAUGAACGUGUAAAAGCCAGCAAAGUGCUGCCAGGUCCAUCGGGAAAAUUCACUGGCGAUAAGAAAGUAUUCCUCGAACAACUGCGGAAGGCACUAUUCGCAAGCAAAAUUAUUUCCUACGCCCAAGGCUUCAUGCUGCUUCGGGAAGCUGAAAAGGCUAAUUCAUGGAGUCUCAAUUACGGAAGCAUUGCAUUGAUGUGGCGUGGAGGCUGCAUCAUUAGGAGUGCGUUCCUUGGGAAUAUCAAGGAUGCGUUCACAAAGAACCCACAGCUCACGAAUCUGCUCCUCGACCCAUUCUUCAGCGAGCGUAUCAGCAAUAGCCAGCAAUCUUUGCGUGAAGUUGUAGCGCAAGCGUCGCUUAUGGGCGUUUCAACGCCAGCCUUCUCUGCGGCACUCGCGUUCUAUGACGGGUACCGAUCGGACGUCCUGCCAGCUAAUCUGUUACAGGCGCAAAGGGAUUACUUUGGAGCUCACACCUAUGAACUUCUGAAGAAGCCAGGCGAAUUUGUUCACACCAAUUGGACCGGGCAUGGUGGAAAUGUAUCGGCCUCCACAUAUAAUAAUUAAUUUUUAUAUUUUGUAUUGUAAGUGUACACAGAAUUCCAUAAUUUUCUAUUGUUUUAUAUUAUAUUACAUCAAAGCUUUUAUGAAAAUGGGCCUUUUUUGCUAGUUGAGCAUAAUUCUUGAACGGCAAUGAUUUUUUAACUGUAUAUUCGAAAUUAUACAUUCCUUAGUUGUAGCUUAGGGUAAUAAGUAAAGGUGCUGUGUUUAAAUAUUAAUUGUCAAAACUUAAACAAAUAUGGUGUGAUGGGUUCAAAAAUUCAGUAUAAUAGAUUUAGCCUGUCCACGGCCCAAACUUGGCAAAGUUAAGGAAAACUUGGCUUAUUUCGAAAGUUUUAAACAUAAGUAAUAUGUUACAUAAAAAUGUCGUUUAUAUUAUUUUGUCUUAAAUAUAGUUACUGUCAAAACUGAAACAAAUAUGGUGUGAUGGGUCCAAAAUUGUUUCUUUGCCUUUCAAAAUACAUUUUUGUAGAUAUAUAAUUAUUUUGUUAAUUUGUAAAUCAUUUUGACUUUUAUUUUGUUUUUCAGUCAAAGUAUUGCUAGAUUGAUAUGAUUAAAAUAAACAGAACAUGAUCUUAAACAAAUCUUAAUAAAUAUAGUAAUGCUAUGAUCCUAUAGGUGUAUAAUGAUUAAAACACCAUUUAUACAUUUUAAAACGGUUAAUUAGUAAUAAUUAUAAUAAUAAAUAUUUUAUAACAGA